AUGGCAGUUGAAUUUGGGGACCAUGGCAGUGGCUUCCACCAUGCGGAAGUAAUCAAAUUCAUUAAUAAUGAAGUCCUUAUGAAUGGAGGGGGUCCUGAAUUCUAUAUGACCUUUCGCGCUCUGUCUUGGAAUGAGAUAGAAGAUCAGCUUCACACCAUCCUUGUCGACCCCAAAGUGUCACGCUCCCUCAAGAGGGCUUGUACUUGGAGUGCUUUGGCUUUGAGCGUGAGAGUGGCUGCCAGGCAGCGUGAGCAGCAGGCACAUAGAGUUUGGAAGCUGCAGGACCAGGUGGGAGAGUGUGAGUCAGCUUCCUGGACUCUGGUCUCUGAACUACGGAGGUUGCGAGAAGAGAGGGACCAGGCAGCUGCUCAACUUCUGUCUAUACAGGCUGCCAUCCAGGAGGCAAUGGAUGAGCGGGAAAUCCUUCUUGGGAGGCUGCUUCAAGCAGAGAGGUCUGCAUUGGCUGUUGUGCCUGAAACUAGAAUGGAGCACUCUAGAACAUCACUGUGGUCAUUUGAGGAAGAGCUGGAAGAGUUGGAAUUUAGAGAGUCCCAGAACAUGUCCCAUUUGGAGGCCCAGAUACCAAUCUUGUCUUGCGUGCCUGGACUUCCAAGUCCUUGGAUCGAAGCAGCGCAUCCCUUUCUUCGAAUGCCUGUGCCGCAUCCACUAACACUCAAUGCACCAUUUUCCUUGGAUUUUCCAUAUUCAACACCUGCACCAUGUCCAGUAUUAAUGGACUCCAGAGAAACAACAACAGCCAUGGCCACAGGUUUACCUCAGAUAGAUCCUUCAGGAAUCUACCCACCUGGCUUGUGGGUUACAUUGGAGUCCCAGAGGCAGAAUGAAUGUUCUGAGACGGUCCAGGUUGGAAAUCAUCUGGAAGAAAGCAUAAGCCACAGUGAAGAAGAUCCAGAGAAAUGUCAAGAAACAUCUCUCCAUGGGGACAGAAGCAACAACCAUAAGGAAAAUCAUGCCAAACCCCUGAUGAUGGCUGCCACUGAGAAGAAAAGUCUAGUGAUGUACCAGGAAACAGCUGCAGUGGAGGUCAACCGUAAUCACAGCAUAAAGGAAGAAUCAGUAAUGCCUCAGGAGAUAGCUGCCCAGGGGAACAAAAAAAGCUCCACCCAAAAGAAAUACCCAGAAAUUCCAUGGAUGGAGGCUGGCUUGAAAGACAACAUCAGCCACAACACCAAAUAUGUUUUGGUAACUCUCCCAGAGACUGAUACCCAAGUGAACAAAACCACCCCUAUCCUGAAAAAAUAUCCAGAGAUUCUCUUAAGGAAGCCUGAUCUGGAAAACAUAGUUAGCUGUAACCAGAAAGAGGAUACAAAGACACUCCAGAGAGACCUGGGAGAAGGAACCAGAAAUUGCCAGAAAGAAGAUACUUUUCAGAAGAAAACACGCCUGGCUGCUGGUGGAAGUCCUAAUGAGAAGAAAAUGCCACAAGGGACUGGCAAGAGCCAGAGCCAGAAGGAAGAACCAAACAGGUUCCAAGCAAACCACCAGGGAAAAUGUAAAGGUUAUUUUAUGAAUAAAUGCCCUAAAAACCAACUGGCCCCAAAGCAAAAGGUCAAGCAACCACAAGGGAUAAAAGCUUUAGAAUCCAAGCAACCUCAAAGGGCAAAAUCUUCUGAAUCCAAGCAACAGGAAAAACCUCUCUCACACCGUACUUCAGUGAAUUGGGUCUGCUCAUCAUGUAAAGCUGUGAAUCGCUCAUGCUGCAAGGGUUGCUGUAAAUGUGCAAAAGCAAGUGCUCAACUUGAAAGAAAAGAUUUUGACUGA